CAAUAUAUUAUAUAUAUAAUUAUUAUAAUAUCAUACUAUUAAGUAUGAAGGAAACAGAGUACUUAUUUGUUUCUGUUACUCCGAAUUCCAAAUAUCGUUCUAUUUCUAAUAAUAAUGUCAUGGCUUACAAAACUAAUAACAGAUUCUAAUGAUGUAUAUUUACAUAAAAAAUAUGUAACCACUAGUUAAUAAAAAAGUAUUUUAAUAUUUAAUAUGUAUUUUUAUUAUAAUAAUCUGCCAAGAAAUAUUAGAGAUACAUAUGCGGUGAUCUAAAACAGACAAUUAAAAUCAUUUUUACAUAUUAGUGGAUUUUUAUUAACAAAGAUGACAUUGUAUACAGUAACAUCAGAAAUAUUUACAGAAAAUAAAAAUUCUUAUAUAAAAUGUAAAAAUGACAAUGUAAUAUCCAGCUUUAUUUUUAAGUAUCCAUCUUAUAUGAUUAAACCAGAAUGUCUUAAUGGCUUAACUCGUGAUAAUGAUGAUGAUAUAAAUAUAGAUAGGCAACAAGAAGGAAAAUUAUUAAUAGAACACCAUAUAUCUACAGAAUUACAAUAUGUUGGAUUGCAAGUAUGGCGAGGUGCAUUAUUACUAGCUGAUUAUAUUUUAUCCAAUCCUGAUUUAUUCAGGGAUAAGGUAGUUCUAGAGUUAGGUGCUGGAGUUGGCUUAACUAGCAUAGUAGCUAGUUUCCUAGCAAAAGAAGUAAUUUGUACAGACAUUGAUGUAAAAGGGAUAUUGAAAUUAAUACAUAGAAAUUUUAUGAGAAAUAAAGCUUAUAUUAAGUCUAAAGUUGACAUUAAAGGAUUAGAUUUCUUGAAUUUAAAAUGGCCUACAUUUUACAAAAAAAUAAUAGAUGAACCAGCUAUUAUUCUAGCUGCUGAUGUAAUUUAUGAUGAAACCGUAACAAAAGGAUUUGUCCAAACAUUAACAGAACUUUUAAAUUCAAAUGUACAGAAAGUUGUUUAUAUUACUUUGGAGAAAAGAUAUGUUUUUACUACAGCCAAUAUGGAAACUACUGCUCCAAUGUAUGAAGAAUUCUUAGAUCUUGUUAAAGUAAAGCAAUUUAAUUGGCAUGUUGAAUAUAUUAAAAUAGAUUUUCCACAAUAUUUCAAAUAUAAUAGAUUAGAACAGAUGGUUCUCAUAAAAAUAAAAAACAAGUUAAGUAAAUAAUAUAAUUGAACAUAUAACAUAUAGUAUAGUAACAAAUUCAUGAACAUAAGAGAAAUAUCAAACAGUAUUAAGUAAUAUAAUGUGUUCAUAGAUAUUAUAAUUGUACAUUAAAUUUAAAUAAAUUUAGAGAAAAUAUUUAUAUAUGGAUAUCAGAGAAGUUUUGAAAACUUUUAAUACAACUUAUUAUAACGUUA